AUGUCAGGCUUUGGAUCUCCUGGCGGUGGUGCCGUGAGCGUCAAACCUACGCCUCCAGAGCGAGGCUCUUUCCCUCUCGACCACGAUGCGGAAUGCAAGCACCUGAUCUCCUCUUACUUACGAUGUCUACGACGACAAAAUCCUCCUGGAAGAAACAAUGAAGAGUGCAGAAUUCUGGCAAAGGGAUAUCUCAAUUGUCGCAUGGAAAAGGGUCUGAUGGCCAAAGACGAAUGGUCCAAUCUAGGUCUGACUUUCGACGAGACGGCAGGCGAUGGCAAGCAGAACAACCUGGAUGAACAAACUAGCCCAGGAAGUAAAAGCCGAUGA